AUGGAGUGGGACUGGACGCUGUGCCUGGACUGGGCACCAACGCAGAAGAAGACUCUGGCCUUGGAACAGAAUUGGACGCCUUGCUCAGACUGCGCAUCGGUGCAGGGGAAGGCACCGGCCAUGGAGCUGGAGACUGGCUCUGGGACCAGUAAAGAUCAAGAGACCAUUAAGAAAGCCGAGAGAACCUACAAGAUGCAUAUGCGAUACGACGACGAGCAGGAGAUCCCAGAGGCUAACGUGGAGAUGACGCUGGAGAUCCCGCUGGAGCCGGUGAAGCGUGGCAAGAACUUCCAGAUGGCUGUGGUCUUCAGGAACCUGAGUGAAGACACACGUGCCAUCCAUGGCUUCCUGGUCGGCUCCACGAUCUACUACACCAACAUCCAAAGGGCUCAGUUCAUGCAGGACAUCUUUGACAUCACUCUGAACCCCAUGGAGACGUCGAGAGUACAGGUGGGUGUGCUUGCCCAGAAUUACAUGCCCCAGCUGGGUUGCCAGUCCAAUCUGCGCUUCGUGGUGACGGCCAAGAGCAUGGACAACAACCAGGACAUGACGGCCAUGCAGAUAGUGAACCUGGAAGGCCUAGAGCUGGCCUUUUCGGUGGAACAGCGAAAACUGUUGACCCCUGCUUUCAACAUGUCUUCCUCUGCACACUGUACCGGGACCAACUUCCCUGGGCGCCUGAAAAGGCCCAUCUGUAGCUCCAACGCUGAGCAAGAUGACCACCAACUUCCCAAGUUUGAGCACUUUGGGGAGGCUGUGGCAAUUCCCCGUGGCCCCUCCAGUGAUGCCACCCUGGAAUGUGUGAGAGUGGACAUGAUGCAAAAUGAGAACAAGAGCGACCACCACUGUCACUUGUACGAAGGCAAAAACAACAUUCUCAUCGUCCGCAGGGCUCAAGAGUUUCAGAUGACCCUUCAGUUCAACCAGCCCGUAAAUCCCAGUGACAAAUUCCAGGUUGAGUUUUACAUUGGUAUUGAUGCCGACGUGUUGAAUGGCACAAAGAUCAUCAUCUCCUUUGACGGCUCACAAACUGGGAAUUGGACCGGCCGCAUGCUAAAGCAACAAGGGGAUGAGUGCGUGGUUGGCAUCACCCCUUCUGCGAACGCCAUCAUCGGAAAGUACUACACAAAUGUGGCGGUCAUCGGUUCCAAUGGAGUUUCAAGGACACAAAAGGACUCUGGAACAGACUUCUACCUCCUGUUCAACGCCUGGGCGUCCAAUGAUGAAGUGUACAUGCCCAAUGAGGAAGACAGGCAGGAGUAUGUGAUGAAUGAAAAUGGCUUCAUAUACGAGGAGGAAUCAGGUGGUGGAAGGCAAUGGUAUUAUGGUCAGUUUGCGGAAGGGAUUCUUGAUGCCUGUUUCCAAAUCUUGGAUGACUCACACAUGCCUCUAGUAAACAGAGGCGAUGCUGUCAAAGUCUGCAGGAUAGGCUCUGCAAUGAUGAACUCCCAGGAUGACCGCGGGGUCUUGGUGGGCAACUGGAGCGAUGACUACUCCCUUGGCACUGCACCAACCUUCUGGAUUGGCAGUGACCAGAUCCUGCUCCAGUACGUCAACAAAGGGCCCGUCAGCUUCGCCCAGUGCUGGGUCUACGCCGGGACGUUCAACACCUUCCUGCGGUGUCUGGGCAUCCCUGCCAGGGUGAUCACCAACUUCAACUCCGCCCACGACAACACAGGGAACAUCAUCACGGAUCUCGUCUUCAACUCUGUGGGAAAUCAGCUUGAACUGAACGAGCGCCUUACCAGAGACUCAAUCUGGAACUACCACUGCUGGAACGAGGCUUACUUGUCCAGACUUGACCUCCCUGCAGACCAGGACUUAGGUGGCUGGCAGGUGGUGGAUUCCACCCCCCAGGAAACCAGUGAUGGAUAUUACCGCUGUGGACCUUGCUCUGUCAAAGCCAUCAAGGAAGGAAUGCUCGGCUAUCAAUUUGAUGCCCCGUUUGUGUUCGCUGAGGUGAAUAGCGACGUUUACAAACACAAGCUAAAUACACAAACUGGGAAAACUGAGUUACUAAGCGUAGACACAACUUAUGUUGGCAAGAAACUCCUGACGAAGUCCAUUGGUGGAAACAAUGAGCCAAUGGACAUUACAGAGACGUACAAAUACCCAGAAGGCAGUAGUAAAGAUGAGGAGACCAUGAAAAAUGCAGAGAGAACCUACAGGACGCAUAUGCAAUAUGACGACGAGCAGGGCGUGGAGAUGACGCUGGAGAUCCCGCAGGAGCGUGUGAAGAUUGGCCAGAACUUCCAGAUGGCUGUGGUCUUCAGGAACCUGAGUGAAGACACACGCACCAUCCAUGGCUUCCUGGUCGGCUCCACCAUCUACUACACCAACAUCCAAAGGGCUCAGUUCAAGCAGGAAACCUUUGACGUCACUCUGCACCCCAUGGAGACGUCAAGGGUACAGGUGGUCGUGCUGGCCCAGAACUACAUGCCCCUGCUGGGUUGCCAAUCCAACCUCCGCUUUGUGGUGACGGCCAAGAGCAUGGAGAACAACCAGGACAUGACGGCCAUACAGAUAGUGAACCUGAAAGGCCCCGAGCUGGCCUUUGCGAUCAGUGGACCAGCGAAGGUGAACCAGGAGGUAUAUGUCAAGGUGGAGUUCACCAACCCGUUCCCAUUCAGCCUGCAUGACGUGAGGAUGGCCAUGCAAGGGCCUAAUUUUUUGUCAUACCGGGAAAGGUUGUACAGGUAA